CACGCCGCCGCCGGUUCGCCGUCGAUUUCUAAUCCCUCCCCCCUCUUCGUCGCCGGAGAUUACUGUAUCAGUAGAGCUGAUGGGAAAGCGUAAGAGGAACGAGAAUGGUGGUGGGCCCGCUCGGGGCCCCGACGGAGGGCAGCAGCAUUGUCCCGCCACCGUGUUUGUCUCCAACCUCCCCUAUUCUUUCAAGUCCAAAGAGCUUGAAGAAGCGUUCGUCGAGGUGGGCCCUGUGAAGCGCUGCUUUAUGGUAACCCAUCAAGGUUCAGAAGUAACUCGUGGCUUUGGGUUUGUCCAAUUUGCUUCUGUGGAAGAUGCUAAACGUGCCAUUGAAGUUAAAAAUGGAUCAGCCAUAGGUGGUAGAAAAAUGAGAGUCAAGCUUGCAAUGCAUCGCCUUCCUAGGGAUCAACGUCAGCAAAAGAAAAAUGAAGUGUGUCCGGAGGAGACGAAAGCAGAUAAAGAUUCAGUUGUUCUAUCUACUGGUCCAAAGAAACACAAUGAAAAUACGCAGACACCAGAUCCACAAGAAAAGAACCAAGAGGCCCCAGAAACUUUAGCAGCAACUGGUGGCGCUCAUCAAAUGCCACAACCUGAUGGUGUCCCUCCUGAUAAAGCAAAAGGCUCAGAAAAGCAAAGGGUUGCUAGAACAGUAGUAUUUGGUGGUCUUCUUAGUUCCGAGAUGGCAGUUGAAGUAUUCCAUCGAGCUGGCGAGGUUGGCACAAUAUGCUCUGUAAGUUAUCCCCUUCCAAAGGAAGAAAUUGAACUUCAUGGUCUUGCUCGAGAUGGAUGCAAACCAGAAGCUGCAGCAGUACUCUUUGCAAGUGUCAAGUCAGCAUGUCGUUGCGUAGGAUUGUUGCAUCAGCAAGAGAUAAAGAAUGGGCGUGUUUGGGCACGCCAACUCGGUGGGGAGGGAUCUAAGAUAAGCAAGUGGAAAGUAAUAGUCAGGAAUCUUCCGUUUAAGGUUAAAGUUAAUGAGAUACGAGAUAUUUUCUCCUCCGCAGGAUUUGUCUGGGAUGUAUUUAUUCCACAUGUUUCAGAACAAGGGUUGUCCAAGGGUUUUGCUUUUGUCUCUUUUACGUCCAAGAGGGAUGCUGAAAAUGCCAUAAAAAAUAUCAAUGGCCGAGUAGUUGCGAAAAGAUCUAUUGCCGUGGAUUGGGCUGUCCAGAAGAAAAUUUAUGUUGCUGCUACAAAAUCUACCUCUUUGCAAGAUGGACAAUCAGUUGACAGUGACAAAGAGGAUGAUGUUAGUGAAGAUGAUGUGAGUAUUGAGGAUGUUGAGGAUCGUGGUCUAGGAGAAAGUCAGCAUCCUUCUGAAGAAACUUAUACAACUCAGAAAGGGUCAGCUGCUGAUGAGAGUAGCAUGCUUCCCGCAGAAGUAAAUUUUGAAAAGGAGGCAGAAGUUGCAAGAAAGGUUCUAGAUAAUCUGAUUAAAGCCUCAACUGGAUUUCAGCCAUCAUUGGGGGGAAACUCGAAGAAAACUGAAGGCACUGAAGAAUUACUGAAUGCAAAUGAUAAAGUAAGCAAAGAACCUACUGUUCCUGGAACGAAGUCCACUGUAGACACCAAAAGAUCUGAAAAAACACCUGAAGAACUCAACAAGAGCAAAAGUGAUUUGGAGAGGACAAUCUUCAUAAGCAACCUUCCGUAUGAUAUUGGUAACGAAGAGGUGAAGCAAAGGUUCUCAGUAUUUGGGCAAGUGGAAUUUUUCCUUCCUGUCCUUCAUCCCCUCACCAAACGACCCAAAGGAACUGCUUUCUUAAGGUUUGGUAAGACAUCCGCAGCUGAUGUGGCAGUUACUGCAGCAAAUGCUGCUUCUGGUUUGGGAAUUGUAAUGAAGGGGAGAUCACUCAAUGUUUUGAAGGCUUUGGACAAGGAUUCGGCUCAUAAAAAGGGCCUUGAGAAGACAAGAAAUGAGGUUCAAGAUCGUCGCAAUUUAUAUUUGGCAAAGGAAGGUGAAAUUCUGGCCGACUCUCCAGCAGCUGAAGGCGUAUCAGAAUUUGAUAUGAAGAAGCGUGAAGUGUUGGCCCAGAAGAAGGCAGAAAUGCUUCGUUCUCCAAAAUUUCAUGUAUCAAGAACUAGAAUUAUUAUUUACAAUCUUCCCAAGACAAUGUCAGAAGAGGAUGUGAAGAAGCUCUGUAUAGAUGCUGUUCUUAUUCGUGCUUCGAAGCAGCAGCCUGUUAUUCAAAUGGUAAAACUCUUAAAGGACGUCAAAAAAGGACAGGCUGUUGUCAAGAAACACCCACGUGCUGUAGCUUUUGUUGAUUUCAAAGAACACGAGCAUGCGCUUGUAGCCCUUAGGGUUCUUAACAAUAAUCCAGAAACUUUUGGCCCAGAGUAUCGGCCUAUUGUGGAAUUUGCUGUUGAGAACAUCCAUAAAAUUAAGCACAGGAAAGCCAAGUUAAAUGAGAGUCAUGGCAACUUAGAAGAUGGAAUGAAGGGGCACAAGAAAGCUAAGUUGGAUUCUUCAAAUGAAAAUCGUGGCAGCUUAGAAGAAGGCAUGAAGGGACACCGUUCUUCAUCUCAAACAGAAGAUGCUAACACAAACCGAAGUCAUAAGAAAAAGUUGAGAAACAUGAAAUCUAAGAAAGGCCAUAGGGAAUCUUUUAAAGAAUCUGAACUUAGCAGCGAAGGAACGAAAGAUAAUGUUGAGGUGAUCAAGGAGGGUAAAAAUGCCAGAAAACAGAACAUUUCUUCAAGAAGAAAUAAAGAUUCUUCGGCCAAGUUAAAGAAUGGGUCAGUUGCAGCUGAACAAACCACUGAAAAGCAGGGAGAUCAACUGAAAAAAGAAGCAAAAUUUACUUCAAAAAAGAGAAGAAAACCACAACAAACCAAAGAACUGGAGCCAAAAGAAGAACCAAUAGGCACCUCAAAUAAGAGGAAAUUCCAAAAUGCUGGUAAAGAGCAGCAGAAGGAAACAAAAAAUGCAAAGAGGAGGAGAGCGGGGGCUUCAGAUAGAGAAGCGGAGGAUAAGCUUGAUAUGCUCAUACAAAAGUACCGCAAUACUUUCUCACAGCGAAGUUCCGAUAAAUCUAAAGAUGCUGCGAGUUCUGGAAGUAGAGAAGUUAGAAGAUGGUUUGAAUCAUAGUUAGAAGAUUUCUCGGGAAUGAAAUUUUGCUUGUAUACUUAAUACUGCUGUUAUAAUGGUUCGUGUUUCUGUUAUGAUUUAUUAUUGUCUUAAUUGUAUCCGGGAUGUUAAGUUAGUAUAACGAUGAUGUGAGUUUACAAUUCACGUUUGCCUUCUGCAAUCAUAGUCCAAUAAUGAAAAACUGCAAUGCUUCGUCU